UUGUGUGUGUUAUCAUUUAGAAUACGUUCAGGCAGACGAGUUAGUCAUGAAGUUGUUCUUUGUUCCUCUUCUUUUGAUCUCAAUGGUCGUAGGUACCUGGGCCAUUGAUUGCUACACGUGUGACAAUUGGGCUUGUGAUGAUCCUUUCUUUCCGUUUUUGUCGUUUUUUUCAAGAGCAUCGCAAAACACUUGUCCCAAAACUUUCAUUCCAAUCAGACAUUGUUCGAAAACAGUUUCUGGAUCAGGAGUAAGGCGUUCAUGUGCUCCCGUCUGUAUUGAGGGCUGCUUUUUGGGUAUCUGUACCUACUGCUGCAAAUCCAACCUCUGCAAUGGAGGUACCACCGUGACAACCAGCUUCGUUGCUAUGGGCGUGGCCAUGCUGGCUGCCUUCAUCCUCGCCAGACAAUAGGCUGCAGAAUAUGCAUCACGUGACCGGGGUCGUAGGAUAAAUAUACACAGCAAUAUGUAUGCACUGUAUACGUAGAAUUAUGUUGAAAAGAUAGAAAUCCUUGGUCUUUCUCGCAAAAGUGUGUUUAAGACGAUCGCAGAGACUUUCGAGUAACAUCCAAAGGCAAUGUCAAUAGUAUAUAGAUAGAUAGUUUAUUGGUUUCCACAAUAUCUCAUUUUAUAAAGAGUGUAACAACAUUGAAAAUGAUUAUUUUAUACAUGUACACAAUACCGGUACACACUAUUCAGAAUAUUGUCCAUUAAUUUUAACUUAAGAGAUAAAGUGGCGGAGCCUAUGAAAAUGCAGAGCUUGUUGUGGAUAGGCUCCUUAAACUAAAAAAUGACAUAAGUAACUAAAGUAAAGUUUAUAAAAUACAAAUACACGCUAAAACGGGGAAAGGGAGAUUACAGGGAUACAUGAACCGAUACUCACAAUUAACUACAAAAGACAAGGAAAAGGGAAGGGAAUUUAUCUGCAGCUUAUUGAAACAAUAUUACAAUAUAGUUUGUUCUCGAUAUGAGUAUAUAAUAAACAUAGUUGGUAUGGUCAUACCGUUAGUUACUCAUUGUAAUGAACAAAAGUAUACAGUUGGAGACAAGAAUAGUCAGGAAUCAGGAAUGACAAUAUGUUUUCAAAUAAUAACUUUUCAAUUUUCUUCUGAAUACAUGUACACUUACAGACCUUUUAAUCACAGAAUCGAGAGAAUUCCAGAACUUAGGACCUGUAUAAUUAUAUUAAGGUGUUUUGAGCAAAGCUUGUUCUCGUUCUAGGAAGGUGAUAGGAAAACGCCUGUCGGGUAGAAUAUUCGUGGACUUGAUUUCUUUUCUUAAAUAGCCUUGUCCUUCAACUAUUUAAAUGUGCGAACAUAGCAAUGAUGUACUGGCACUCAAUAGUCGAAAUAUGAUUCCAUUGGGAUUCACUAUAGAGUUUUGAAUUUGCUAUUAAGAUCAUUUCUUAAAAGUCUUUGCGAUCGUGAACUUUUAAAGUCGUCGGGUGUGUUUUAUUAAAUUUUUAUUGCAUAUCGUA